AUGGCCCUCCUCACUGGGGAUCAAGUAACAGUUCGUCUCCCCUGUCCUCUCGCACGCCCUCACCUCAGCAUUCUAGUUGAUAGUAGUGAGAAGAAUUUGAACUUUUUCUUGCCGCUCCGUAAAGUAACUACUCUCUACUCUCUGUCUACCUGUCUCUCUCUGCGUCUUUCUCGCUGUCUCUCUCUCUCUCUCUCUCCCACUCUAUCUGUGUAUGUGUUUCUCUCUGUGUCUCUCUUUCUGACUGUCUCUCUCACACUGUCUCUCUCUGUGUCUCGCUCAGACUCUCUCACUCUCUGUCUUUUUUUGUCUGUCUCUCUCUGUCCGCCUCUCUAUCUCUCUCUGUCUCUCUUUCUCUCUCUCUCUCUGUCUCUCUCUCUCUGUUUCUCUGUCUCUCUCUCUCUGUCUCUCUCUCUCUGUCUCUCUCUCUGUCUCUCUCUCUCUCUCUCCUUUGUGAGAUUUGGGACUCUCCGUCACUCCUUUAUCCCACACAUAUCUGGCGCAAGGUCAAUUGAUCUAAGGCGAUAUAUACAUCUAUCUAAGUCGAUAGGUACGUUAAACUCUGAUAUCUAUCUAUCUAUCUAUCUAUCUAUCUCAGUCUGUUCAUCUAUCUAUGUUUGA